ACACUGUUUUGGCCAAACAAAGUCCCCAACCAGUGGGCCCGAGUUCACACUUGUCCCGAAUUCGUACAAUUUUCAUCGGCACCGCGGCACCGCCUCGCCCCCUCUCUUUAGGUCUUAGCCCACAGACCAGGCCACACGUAAGUCUUAACUUCACAAAAUCACGUGUUUCAUAUUCCAGCGAUAGCCACCCUCACCACCCACUAAUAAAGUAACACGUGCUCAAAUUCUUCGGAAUUAUCCACCCGGCGGACUCCUAGUGGAUUGUUUUGUAGACAGCAAAGCGGAGGAUAUUUUCGGUUUGCUAGGGAAGAAAAACAUAAAGGCAAAUUGCUAAGUGCCGAGAGAGGAAGAAAGAGAUAUCACUGAAAACGAUGAAUUAUGUGUUCUCAGUUGACGAUUUCUCUGACCCAUUCUGGGCAGCUCCGGCUUCUGACUGGAUGAGCCGAAGCCAAUCGGAGUGGGCUUUGGAGAGGUAUCUAGAAGAAUUUUCUGGUGCGGGCGAGAAUGUGAUUUGUACGUCCUUGGCGACACCUCAGCCGUCCGUUUCGAAAGCUGAAUUAGGUUACGGGAAUGGUGAGGUGGUGGAGAUCAAAAAGCCUAAUAAUCAGAAUCAUAAUCCUUUGCCGUCUGUUCCGACAUCGACAAUUCCGAUUGACUCGGAUGAGUACCGAGUGAUCCUCAAGAGCAAGCUCGAUCAAGCCUGCGCUGCUGUUGCUCUCUCUCGUGCGUCGGCUGUGAAGGCAGAGGAUUCGUCUGCCCGAGCCGAAAAUCAAGCGCUUCAAUCGGGAUCCGAAGUUCAAGGUUCCUCAAAGGCACAGGGACAGGGUGAACCUGAUGCUGCACCUUGUGGUAAUUUGGCUGUUUCAACUAAACAAAAAAAAUCAGGGAUACAAGUGAGGCAAACUGCAAGUGGGUCAUCAAGAGAAGAUUCAGAUGAUGAUGAACUUGAAGGAGCUACUGAAAUCACUGACAACAUGGAUCCCGCUGAUGCAAGACGUGCAAGGAGAAUUCUGUCAAAUCGAGAAUCAGCCAGGCGCUUGAGAAGAAGAAAGCAAGCGCAUAUGAAUGAACUUGAAGUGCAGGUUGGUCAACUAAGAGUUGAACAUUCCACAUUACUUAAGCAUCUAACUGACAUGAAUCACAAGUAUGAUGAAGCUGCUGUUGACAAUAGAAUUCUGAAGGCUGAUAUCGAGACGUUAAGAGCAAAGGUGAAAAUGGCUGAAGAAACAGUUAAGCAGGUGACGGGGAUUAACCCUGUUCUUCUAUCUAGGCCCAAUGUACCUAAUGCAGGUAUGCCUUUUGUUAGCAGCCCAUUGGAAGCAUCUACAGCUGCUGCUGAUCAUUUUUUUCACCAACCAGUUCCUAGCAUUGCUUCUCCCUUGCAUCAUAAUGGACUGGACAACAGUUUCGAGGGCAACACCCUGGUUACUCCUAUUGUGAAUCCACAAAUCGAAGUAGGAGUGAAAAAUGUCAAUGAAACAUCUGCAUUGCAGCAUACACCCAGCUUGGAGCGCAUGCAAGAUCAGAUAGGGCACAGUGGCAUGCAAAAGCAGAUCGGCCCUGCUAUGAGAUCAUGCGUGCCCAUGCCUGGCUGGGAGCCAGGACUAUCCCAUGCUGCUGCCAAAAACAAGCAAAGUUGAAUAGUAGUGCCCUUCCUCUUGUUUACUGAGAGGGUUUCGGAGGCUUCGCUGGUGGUACUACCAUCGGUUAAAUCUAUUCAUGGGUAUUGAUUCUCACUGCAUUUUUGCAUUUAAGAUCUUCAUCAAUAACAUGACUACUUCUCGGUUCCUUGAGUAUACACUUUUGGUAAAUAAUUCUGUUUAA